AUGAAUCCGCCCGACGAAUCCAUGAGUCUCCUGAGGUAUGACAUGCCAAUUAUGGUCAGCACAGACCACGCAGAUUUAGCACAGGUUUGCUAUCCUAGUGGGAGCGCUGACCCGCAGCCUUCGACGUCUCGGCGUUUUCCGUCACCUACUAAAGGUAAGGCAGAAACCAGCAGUCAGCAGAAAGCUGAGGAAAUCCUGAACACCAUGUUUCCACCCAAGAAAUGGUUCAAGGACGACAAAUUAUGGGUGCAGCAGGUGUCCCAUACACCUUGUAGAAGACUAGAUGUGGUGGACCUGGAGGAAAUCUUUGCCCAAAGGCUUACGGAACAGCAGGCCAGAAAAAGAGGCAUCUGCCCUAUUCGGAUGGAGAUCUACUCCCAGUGCUUUGACGAGCUACUUAGACAGGUGACUCUUGACUGUCCUGAGAGGGGACAACUCCUGGCACGUGUCAGAGAGGAGAUUAACAUGACAGUCGCUGCCUAUCAAACCCUGUUUGAAAACAGCAUCAUUUACGGCAUCAGGAAAGCACGCGAGGCUGAGCAGUGUGCCACUGACCAAAAGAAAAAUAUUACUGCAAUGGAGGCCGAGAUUCGCGACCUGAAGACGCAACUGAGCGAACAGAAAACCAAAUAUGAAGCGUAUGAAAAGGUUGAGAAUCAAAAACAGCAGCAGAUGGAAAAGCCUUAUCGAGCAAAGAUAGAGUUCCUGAAGAGAAUCCAACAGCAAAUCAUUGACCAGAGAGAUGAAAUAGAGAAGCCGUUUCCAAUUGAAGAAAUGCAGUUCAUAGUCAACGGUGAGGAAAAAGCCUGA